GUCAUAUGACAGUGGUGGGGGGUAAAUGUCCCCGAAGCACGUGUUGUGGCCUUCCAAACCUAAUUAAUUGAAUAAUUUCCUAAUUUUCCAUCUAAUUCCUAACGUUUUAACUGAUUAAAGAGUGAAAAUACCCCCACGAUAAAUUGGGUAAAGUGAGGGUUGAAAUAUGGCCCCCGGUGCGGUGGAAAACGACGUAAAAACUGCUGAAAACGCUCCUGUUUUGCUUAAAAAUGGCAAAGAGGGCCCCAAAAGUGAGGUAGAAGAUAAAACGAGCCCUACCGCAGAAUCAAACAAGGACAAUGAGGUGGUGAACGGAGCCAAAUCCGAUGCCCCAGACAAAGUGAGCAAAGACGUAGAGGAAAAAGAAAAGGACGAAAGCGAGGAGAAGGACAAAGAAGUGGUCUUUAUCCAGGACGUCGGUUUUACCAUUAAGAUCCAAUGUCCGGGCAUUGAAAGUUUCGACAUUCAGGUUUCUAGUAUGGAACUAGUCCAGGAGAUCCAUCAGCUGCUAAUGGACCGAGAGGACACCAGCCAUCGCACAUGUUUCUCUCUACAAUUAGACGGGAAUUCCCUGGAUAAUUUUGCUGAACUAAAAAAUGUCGAGGGGCUUAAAGAGGGUUCGGUAAUCAAGGUUGUAGAGGAGCCAUAUACCAUGAGGGAAGCCAGGAUCCAUGUGAGGCACGUGAGAGAUCUCCUGAAAUCAAUUGACCCUACAGACGCUUAUAACGGGAUGGAGUGUAAUUCUUUGAGUUUUUUAAACACCGUGACCCAAGGGGACAUUCUGGAGAAGAAAAGGAUGCGUCCGGAGAGUGUGGAUUGCACCCCUCCGGACUAUAUUAUGCCUGAGAGCAAGGAGAGGCCCUUGACGGCCCUACAGCCCCAAUUAAAAGACCAUAAGUCCCCCCAGUGCGUUAAGGUGUUGACCACCUCGGCAUGGAACCCCCCUCCGGGUUAUAGGAAGUUGCACGGGGACUUGAUGUAUCUUUAUGUGGUUACUUUGGAGGAUAAACACUUCCAUAUUUCGGCUUGCUCCAGGGGCUUCUAUAUAAACCAGUCUACUGUGGAGGAAUUCAACCCUAAACCGGCCUCCCCCAGUCACCUCUGUCACUCUUUAAUCGAGCUCCUCAAUCAAAUUUCUCCCCAGUUCAAGAGGAACUUUGCCAGUUUGCAAAAAAAGAGGAGCCAGUCGCAUCCCUUCGAAAGGGUCACCACCCCUUACCAGUUGUACGCUUGGUGUGCCCCCGUUGUCGAACAUACCAUUGAUGCCAUAAGGGCUGAGGAUUCGUUAUCCUCGAAAUUGGGAUACGAGGAGCACAUCCCCGGCCAGACCAGGGAUUGGAACGAGGAGUUGCAGACUACUAGGGAGUUGCCCAGGAAAACUUUGCCCGAGAGGUUGCUGAGGGAGAGGGCCAUUUUUAAGGUGCAUAGCGACUUUGUGGCCGCGGCCACCAGGGGCGCCAUGGCCGUAAUCGACGGCAACGUGAUGGCCAUCAAUCCCGGAGAAGAGGCGAAAAUGCAAAUGUUCAUCUGGAACAACAUCUUCUUCUCGCUGGGGUUCGACGUGCGCGACCAUUACAAAGAAUUGGGCGGGGACGCGGCCGCCUUCGUCGCCCCCCGCAACGAUCUACAGGGGGUGCGAGUCUACAGCGCGGUAGACCUGCCCGGACUCUACACCCUGGGCACGGUCGUGAUCGAUUAUCGCGGGUACCGCGUCACCGCCCAAAGUAUCAUUCCCGGCAUCCUCGAACGCGAACAGGAACAAUCGGUCGUUUACGGUUCGAUCGAUUUCGGGAAAACGGUCCUGUCGCACCCCAAAUACCUUGAUCUACUCAACAAGGCCGGACAACAAUUAAAGAUCCUACCGCAUCAUGUAUUAAAUGACAAAGAUGAACCGGUUGAGUUGUGCUCCAGCGUGGAAUGCAAGGGAAUAAUCGGGAACGAUGGUCGCCACUAUAUCCUGGAUCUUCUAAGGACCUUUCCCCCCGACGUGAAUUUUUUAAAACUGGACGGGGAGGAGCUCAGCAGGGAGGUGCGGGUGCACGGGUUCCCUAUCGAGCACAAACACAAGUUGAGUUGCCUCAGGCAGGAGUUGAUCGACAGUUUCGUGGACGCGCGGUAUAUGAUGUUCAUCAAAUACGCGGCGUAUCACUUGCAGCAGCUGAAUUUGAGAAAGAACGGAGAUAAAAUGAACCAAAACAAACCCAUCCAACAAGAAGAGGAAGAAAAAGAGAUCCCCAAAGACGAAUCGAAAGAAAAGAGCGAGAGGGAGGACAAAAAAACCCAGCUAGAAGAGGACGAGGCGAAGAAAAUCGUGGAAAGCAUCACAGACGGCACCAAAAUCGAACUGGAAGAGAGCACUAAGAACAUAGUAAAAACGGCCGCGGUAGCGGUGGGUUCCCUUAAAGAAACCGAGUUCGAUAUCCGGUUCAAUCCGGACGUUUAUUCGCCCGGGAUUAGGCACGCGGAAAACCUGGAUCCGGACCUGGCCAGGCAGCGGCAACUGGUCAAGGACGCCGCCGAGUUUUUGGUCACCGUACAGAUUCCCACUUUCAUCCGGGACUGUUUGGACCACUCCUCGGCCCCGAUGGACGGUGCCACUCUGUCGGAGGCGAUGCACAAUCGGGGCAUAAACAUGCGAUACUUGGGCAAAGUGACCAAUUUACUGUCCAAGGUCAAACAGUUGGAGUAUCUGCACAGUAUCGCGGUAGGCGAACUGAUCCUGCGGUCCGCCAAACACGUUUUCACCGCGUAUCUACAGGGAUGCGAGAUGAUGAACUUGUCGGUGGCGAUCGCCCACUUUUUGAACUGUUUCUUUUAUUCGGGUGCGAUGGCGGCGAAUCCGUUGCAGAACGUCGAUGAGUUCCAAAGUAAAAACAACAAAAAACGGAACAAAAGACGCAACGGUCGCGUCAACCCCUUGAUGUGCCACGACAACAACGAGUGGGCCAACUUAACCCCGAAAUCCCUCUGGAACCAGCUGAGACAGGAACUGAAGGCCUACUACGAUUACGAUUUGAGCGGCGCCAACGACGUCGAAACGGUCACCGAGUGUUACAACUUGCAAAAGGUUUCCCUGUUACGAGGGUUCUGUUUGAAAAGCGGCGUCCAGAUCUUAUUGAGGGACUACAACCUGGACUCGAAGAACAAAUUGAUCUUUUUCGAGGAGGAUAUUCUGAAUAUUUUCCCGAUUGUGAAGCAUAUCAAUCCGAGGGCGACGGACGCCUAUAACUUUUACACCACCGGCCAAACGAAAAUCCAGCAAGGCUAUUUGAAGGAGGGCUACGAACUAAUCAGCGAGGCGCUGAAUUUGUUGAAUAACGUUUACGGGGCCAUGCACCCGGAAAUAGCGCAGUGUUUACGUAUGAUCGCCCGGUUAAAUUAUAUCAUGGGCGAACACGCCGAUGCGCUGGUGUACCAACAGAAGGCGGUACUGAUGUCCGAGAGGGUGAACGGGAUCGAUCAUCCCUACACCAUCACCGAAUAUGCCCAUCUCGCCCUCUACUGUUUCGCCAACAGUCAGAUAAGUACGGCCCUGAAGUUGUUGUAUAGGGCCAGGUACUUGGCGGUGAUUGUGUGCGGGGAGAACCAUCCGGAGGUGGCCUUACUGGAUAGCAACAUAAGUUUGAUCUUGCACGCGGUCGGCGAGUACGAGCUGUCGCUGAAGUUCCUGGAAAAGGCGUUGGCCCUCAAUUUGAAAUACUACGGGACGAAAUCUCUGAAGGUGGCGGUGAGUUACCAUCUGGUCGCGCGUACUCAGAGUUGCAUGGGCAACUUCAGGGCCGCCCUGAACAACGAGAAGGAGGCCUUCACCAUUUAUAAGACGCAGUUGGGCGAACACCACGAGAAAACCAAAGAGUCCUCCGAGUGCCUCAAACAUUUGACGCAGCAGGCGGUCGUCCUCCAAAAGAAAAUGAACGAAAUCUACACGGGGAAGAACGGAGCCUCGCUGCCCCCCAUACAGAUCCAACCGCCCUCUAUGGGCUCAGUGUUGGACAUGCUCAACGUCAUCAACGGUAUUCUUUUCGUGCAAAUCAGUCCCGAGGACAUUGAGAAUUUCAAGGCGGAAAUGGAAAAAAGACAAGUGACUGGGCAUGAGGAGGAGGAGCCGACAACCGUGGAUCAAUAACGAAGACUGCGAAAUCACGUUGGUGUAGAAUAAUAUUUAAAUGAAUCAAUGAGCGUUUUUUCUAUAGAGCUGUGAUAUGUGAUAACGUUAAUUUUUACGCAUCAUGCGUUUUAUGGUGGGGGAAACGUUUGUUAUUGUAUGUUUUCUCUCCCCAUGUUUCGCGCGUUAAGGGUUUUCUUUUGGGGCGAAGGCGCCGUUCUAUUGUUUCCGCCCUAGCCUCCCCCUUCAACCCCCCCCCCCUCCCUGAGAAGAAGACCAAACAUUGUAUAGUUCUAUACCAAAAAAAGAAAGAUAUAUUGUAUUGUAUUUGAAUAAUAGUCGGUACAUUACCGACCCUUAUAUAGUGAUAUAGUUGAAGGUAGUUGCCAUUUUUAUUGUUAGUCGUCUUAGGAUAAGACAUUUUGUAAUCAAGAUUUUUGUUAAAUAAAUAAUUCCGAUUGCA